UUCUCCGGCUCACUCACUUCCGAAACAAACCGUGCAAGCUUGUUCCUGAGAACGUUAGCGCAUGUGUUGCUCUUCUGCGUCAUGGCCUCCACCUCUGAGGAGAACGUCCACGUAGAGGAGGUAGUGGUGGUGACAACGCCGGACAGCUCAGCUCAGAGUCCAUCAGCGGAGGACAUGAAGAACAUGCUGGAGACUGCAGACCUGCAACAGUCUGAGGCGGAUAACGUGGACCAGAGUUUAGAGUCUGAAUCCAGUCCCGCCAUCUCUCUGCCUAAAGAAGCAGUGCUUGUGAAGCUUUCAUCAGACAUGGACGUGGGGACAGACAUACUUUAUCAAAUAACCUGCGGAGACAGCAAGGCCGACCUGGUGUGGAAAAAAUUCGUCUGCCCCGGCAUCAACGUCAAGUGUGUGCAGUUCAACAAUCAUCUGAUCAGUCCAAAGGAGUUUGUCUACCUGGCUGGAAAAUCCACUCUGAAAGACUGGAAGAGAGCGAUACGGCUCAAUGGGACAAUGUUAAGGAGGAUCAUGGACUCUGGCGAGCUGGACUUCUACCAGCACUCGAAGCUGUGCUCCAACACAUGCCGCAGCACCAAGAUCGACCUGGUGGGGACGCGAGCUUCCCUCAGCAGCCAGGCGUCCACCGAGACCGCUCCGACUCCAUCUUCUACUGACGUAAAUGGAUCUACGGCCACAUUUACAACGGAAACCUCAGAAGACGGAACAGAGUGGGUCACGGCUAUAGGAGAGGACACCAUGACGUUCUGGAAAGGUCUGAAGGACGCCGGGCUGCUGGAGGACAUUGUGGAAGACCUGCAGAAAGAGAUCGAGGAGAUCCUCAAAGGCCUGGAGGAACGCAUCCACGAACCUCCGCUACAGGUCAAAGAUGCAGCUCUGCUCAACAAUAUCGUUCAAAACUUCGGGAUGCUGGACCUAGUGAAGAAAGUGCUGGCCAGCCACAAGAGCGAAAUGGAUCGCUGUAGAGAACAGUACACUCAGAGCUUAGCAGCUCUGGAGCGGCAGUGCGACGAACACCGCAAGCGCGCCAAAGAACUGAAGAGCAAAUCCCAGCACCUCAACAACGUCCUCAUGAACCUGACCCCUGUGGCCACGCCUCCAGCUCCCAAACGUCCCCGCCUCACCCGCGCCGUCUCCGGACCUGCCUCGGUCAUGGUUCCGCCUGCUCAGCCUGCCCAGUUCACUCUGCCCUUCACCCAGCUUACAGGCAUCCCAUUAGACAAAUUCCUGUCAGCCAUGGGAGGCUCCGCCCCUAAUCAGGCACCCUUUAUUGGGAGCUACACAGUCCUGACCUCUCCAGGAGGAGCAGAACUGCAGCCCGACACAUCCAAUCUCACCGUGCUGAGCUCGGAUGUAGCAGGAGGCUCCGCCAUCCUUAAAGUUCUCAGUCCUUUUCAGCUGGUCACGCUGCCCACUCUGGGAACCGGAGCCACGCUGCAGAACCUCGCAGCACCAGCAGGGGGCAGCACCAUCGUGGCGCUGCCUGUUAGUACCGCUGCGGUGGAGACACUGGGAGCUCAAGCAGACGAGACAGCAGACGGGAACGCCGAACAGCAAAGCAAAGAGAGUCGAUAAGAGACUGAUGUAAUUUUCAAAGAAAAAAAGUUUUAAGUUUUUAUUUUUAGUCUAAUUAGAAAACGUGUGUAUGUGUGUAUGCUUUUUUUUUUUAUAUAUAUAUAUACAUUUCGUGUCUUGCACUGAAAUCCUGCAUUUCUUCCAUCUCAUGUUGGAUUGCUAAAACUGUUUUGUUUAAAUUUGUCUAAAUAUUUAUUUUACUAGUGUAGGAUGGUGAGGAUUAAUACAGCGGGGGGGACGCCACGUCUUUUCACACCACUACUUAUUCGGCAUCAGGAAAAAAAACGUCAGCAACGGUGACAAGUGACAUUCGACUUGAGAUUUUCUCGAUCCCUUUGCAAAGUAGCUGUGAUGCAAUAAAGCGACAAAUCCAAAGCAUUGGCUUGAAUGAUUUCUCAGAGCAAACCUUUCUGAGGUGUGAUCUGAGGUGAUUCCUACACUGCAGUUAGUUCCUGCAAAAAAAUCUUAUCCUGUCUCAGAACCUCUCGUUAAACGUGUAUACGAUAAAAAGUCAUGCUUGGAAGGAAGUAGCACAGAUCACUGGAGCCUCUUGUGUUUUGUACUUUGCUUUGCUCAAAGGUUAGGACGUAACAUGUAUGUCAACCAAUUUUCACACUGAUUAGAGCCUUAUUUACUUUGUUUAACUCGUUAGCUUUAGAAUUUAUAUAUAGCUACUACCUUUAUCUCCAUUUAUCGCAAUAAACUACAAGCGACAUGAGCCACGUGUUGCACGUUAAUGUGAACACAGGGUUACUCAGUUAUUUGUAAUCACGGUCAUAAAGCACAGGUUCUUGGACCGCAUCCAGCUCCGAACCCUCUGGAAAAGGUCCUCUUGUGUGAACACACCUGGAGGAGAGCACUAACGACUUAAAAACUAGCUACCAAGCACAGAGUCUUUUUCAUUAUUUCUUUACUGUUCUGUUUAAUGUACCUUUCUAAAUUUCACGCUGUUGUUUAUAUUAGCAAAAAAAAAAAAAAAAACAACUGACGUGCUUUUUAUUUUUAUUUUAUUUGGUGUGUUUAUGGUAUUCAUGUGUAAAUAUAUUGCUGUAUUGCUACUACAAAUGCCUUUGUAGAUUUUGUGUUACUGAUCAGUGUUAUUUCAUAGCUUUUCGUCUUAUUACAUAAAAGGAUUUUCAAGGAAACCUGUCGAGUUCUUAGAUUAAAGUGUUUGUUUAUUUUCCGGGACGUGGCUGUAGUGUGCGUUUGCACACCAAAAGCACGUCCUAUUUUUCUUUUUUAAGUAUGUUUUACUCUCGUCAUGUCUAAAUUGAGGGCGCUCAGAAAGACCGCACUGACGGGAAAGGUUUCGGGUGCUCGGUGAAUAAGUUAUGAGAUGGUUUAAUCGGAACAGCUGUACCAAUGCUCAUUCAUCCAAUCAACCAAUCAUGUGGCAGCAGAGCAGUGCGUACACUUAUACAGAUACAGGUCAGGAUUUUUAGUUCAUGUUCACAUUACACUUCAGAAUAAGAGGGAAAAAUGUGAUCUCAGUGUGUUUGACUGUGGCAUGGUUCAGAAACUGCUCACCACGUAGGAUUUUAACACGUAGCAGUCUCUUCAGUUUACACGGAAUGAUACGGAAAGCAAUCCUGAUGAGAGAGGUAAGAGAAGAAACGCCAAACUAUUUUGAUCUGACCGGAAGUCCCUAGUAACCCAAAUAACCACUCAAAUGAGUAUAUAAGUAUCUCAGAACAAAUAUGGGGGGUUUUUUUUAGGUCUGACCGCACAAACCUGUCUUUUUUUCUCUUUUCUUUUUUCCCCUCAAAUAGGGUAUGCGUGAUACUAGACUGCAUCUGUUCUGUCUUUCUGUGGCGUGUAUUCGUGGUCCACAUUUCACUGUAGAGGGUUAUGAAGUGUGUGUGAUGUGAGUUAUAGCAUUAUUUCACCUAAAAGCCCAGAAGAGGAUUAGCUGCUGUCAUAAAUUAUAAAACGCACAGGGCACAGGAUGAGAAAAGAUUGCUCACCAGGCUCAGUUAUUGUGUAGUAGAUAUUCCUAUAGAUGCAUUUAUACGUGUGUGUGUGUGUGUGUUAUAUAGAUGUAUAGAAUAUAUACUAAAGCAUGUUUGAGUAAAUGUUUCUCUCACACUUCGAUUAGUACAGUUUCUUUCAGCAUAAUUCAUGUGUGUGCAUGCUUUGAUCUCUGCUUGUGUGUUUGUGUGCGCGCGCGCUGGUGCUCUUCUCGUCGUCCACCCUUCUAAGCAUUAUGGUCCGCUAUUGAUCACAUCCCACCUCCUUUCUUCAGCAGAACACAGAAGGAAAGUGUGACGUGUGUGGAGAUUCUUUAUGCGCAUCUCAGUAGGCCUCUCGAGAACAUGUCUGAAUAUGAAUAAGAGGUCGGCAUGCAGGUUAAUUAUAUCUACAGCACAGCACACGAAUGGUAUGCGGGUAAUGCAAAACAGGAAUUUCGUCAG